GAGGAUGCUUCCUAUAGUGGGGGAGUCUAGGACCAGAGGACACAGAUAGAGUGGAUGUGGAGAGGGUGUUUCCUAUAGUGGGGGAGUCUAGGACCAGAGGACACAGAUGAAGUGGAUGUGGAGAGGAUUUUUCCUAUCGUGGGGGAGUCUAGGACUAGAGGACACAGAUAGUGUGGAUCUGGAGAGGAUGUUUCCUAUCGUGGGGGAGUCUAUGACCAGAGGACACAGAUAGAGUGGAUGUGGAGAGGAUGUUUCGUAUCGUUGGGGAGUCAGCCAUGGUGGAGUUCCCGAGCGGAUUUGACGGGCUGACUGGCCUCAUUGUCCACUUGUGUCUUACAGUUUUCCACCGCUGUUAAUUUUAUGAACCUGUAACGUAAUGUCCUAGCCUCUUUUACUUCAGGGAAAAUGGUCUGUUUAAUCUGUGGUUAUAAGUAAGAUGGAGAAAGUGGGUUCUGUGGUUACCCUGUUUAUACAGGUGAUAGUGAAUUCUCCCGUGGUGAGGUGAGGGUUGAAUCGAAGGCCUCCGGUGUUGCUGCUCACAGGGCCCGUUGUGCGAUGUAUCGUUGGGUAUAGAAACAAAAGUCUGCCUGCUGGAAGUUUUUCUUGUUCCGCUCAGGUGAGGGCAAUGAAGACCGUUCGACUGAACAAUGGCGUUGAGAUGCCGCUGGUGGGGCUGGGCACCUUCAAGCUGAGAGGGUACGAGGCCGUGUACCGGGCACUGGACGCGGCUCUGUCACACGGCUACCGCUCCUUCGACACGGCGAGCGUCUACCAGAACGAGGCGGACAUCGGCCGAGCCCUGAGGGAGCUGCUUCCCCGGCACGGGCUGUCCCGGCAGGACCUGUUCAUCACCAGCAAGCUCUCGCCUCGGGACCACGGGCAGGAGGCGGAGGCGGGCUGCCAGCGGAGCCUGGAGGCGUUGGACUGCCAGUACCUCGACCUCUACCUGAUCCACUGGCCCGCCAAGCAGGGCUGCAAGAGCGAGGACGCCCGCCAUCCUGCCUGGCGCGGAGAAAGCUGGCAGGCGAUGGAGAGGCUGUACGACGCCGGUGCCUUCCGGGCCAUCGGAGUCUCCAACUACACCGUGGGCCACCUGCGGGAGCUGCUGGCCGGCUGCCGCGUCAGGCCGGCCGUGCUCCAGGCGGAGUUUCACCCCCGGCUGGUGCAGGACGAGCUGCUGGCCUUCUGCACGGCCCACGGCAUCCACUUGCAGGCCUACUCCUCCCUGGGGACCGGCAGUCUGCUCACCGAACCCGAGGUGGUGGCCGUGGCGGCCGGCUACGGCAAGACCCCGGCCCAGGUGCUCUUACGCUGGGCACUGCAGCAGGAGGUCGGCGUCAUCCCCAAGUCGUCGGACCCCGAGCGGAUCGCUCAGAAUAUCCAGCUUUUCGACUUCGCGCUCAGCGAGGAGGACGUGGGGGUCCUGAGGCGGAUGCACUCGGACACGCGGUACUGCUGGGAUCCCCGGCUGGUGGUGUGAAGGGCUGCGUUCGCCGGGCCCCCAGUCCGUCUGCCCUGGACACACGUCAUGGUGGAAACGAGGAAACGGCCGAGGUGGGGCCGAGUCCCUCCUUCAGGACUGGAGACGAAGGGGGGAGUAAGAGGGUGGUGGGGGAGGAGGGCAGCUGGUGUCACAAGUACCUAAUGAAGGAGGCAAAACAGCGGAGAGACUGAGUGAUGAAUUAACACUGUGUGACGUGUGUCCAAAUAUCAGUCCAAAUCAAAAAGUGUAUGUUCGAUCCUUUAUUAGAAAACCAAAUGAUCAAAAUUAGCGAUUAAAAAUUGUUGAUACUAGCAUAACAACAGCAGAAUUAGUGGUCAAUAAAAAAUCUCCCUUUGCUGCUCACCCCUCUCUAACUAAAGUAACAGCACAAAACUGAACACGUGACCGUGCUCUGCACUUCUUUUGUGACGCAAACACAACACAAAAUGCAGCAGAGACAGGCAGACAGAAAACUGAUACGUGGCUCCUACAUCUGGAAAGUGAGAGGUGCAGCCAGGUGGGUGGGAAAGGUAAAGGGCUGGAGAGGAAGGAAUCUGCUCGGUGAGGCCGAACCGUGGGAGGAGGGACACCAGGGGGAGGUGAGAAGAGGGAAGAGGUUGUCUGUUGUAUGGGCUGUGGCCUCCCCUACAUUGGUGGGACCCGUCAUAAACUGGGGGACCGCUCCGUCAGCACCUCUGCUCCAUCCGCCAGAAGUGGCCAAACGUUUUAAUUCCCAUUCCCAUUCCUGUUCCAACAUGCCGGUCCAUGGCUUCCUCUUCUGCCAGGAUGAGGCCACCCUCGGGUUGGAGGAGCAACACCUUAUAUUGCAAAAGGUGUGUGUGCACGCGCAUACGUACACACCUUAGACAGAACACUGCUACCACCACAAAAAAAUCAAAAUCAUGACAUGUGUGAGUGAUGAUAAACCUGAUUCUGAUCUGGGUCUCUAUUGUGGACUGA